AUGAUCCAUAGUGGUCAAUUGGUUGGGCUGAGCCACAUGGACAUGGUUUUAAAAGUGAAGAUGAUGAUGAUUGUGGGAAUCUCAUUCCUAAUGGCUUCUUCUUUUCUCAUGCUCCUGGUUGGAGCUUUGGAUUCUGAAUUGAAUUGUUCUUGGUUCUGCAGAUGGGAAGAAUAUGGAACAAUGGCUGUCGACUAUGGAGAAGCUAUAAACCGAUUUCUCCGGCCACAUUUCCGUUGA